UUAACAAUAAAUCUUAGCAAAAAUAAAUUACACAUAUUGCCUAUUAAUCCCGUAUUUUUAUCUGGAAAAAUGCGUUACGCAUUCAUUUUCAACCUCCGGACCAUGCAACGGUGAUAUUCUGUUUCUCUCUUCGUUUUCGGUUGCACCGUUCGGAUUGUUUUACUUUGACUACAUGAUCACAUCUGGCAAUGUUUUUCAAAGAAGGUGCCGAGGAUGGCUGGAAACACCCUGAUAACGUAAGGGGACAGUGGACAGUGUACAUUUUUCUCUCUUGAAGAGUGUUUGUAUCAUGGGUAACAAAAGCAGAUUACGUUUAUCACGUGCAAGAAAAAGUAAAAGAGUAAUUGGUAGGCGAAACUUCCUCGCCAAAUAUAAAACUCAACCUGAAAAAAUAUCAUCAGAAAUCAAAAUUAAAAAUUUUGACGAAUCUUUUGAAAUUAGUGAUCAAUGUAUUCCUUCAACGUCUGGAGAAGCCAAAGAUAAUGUUGGUGUUUUGGAUUUUGCAAUUGAUGAUGAUUCUAAUAAAGAUACGGCAAAUGUCAUUAGUCAAAAAGAGGUAGAAGAAAACAUUCUGAGUACCAGAUUUGCACUCAAGAAUCAACAUGAAGCAAAAAUUCUGGAAGGUAACAGAAUUGUGGAUUUACAAUAUGUAUUAGACCAAAUUUCGGCUUUCCCUCAUUGUGAACUCUUUUCUUGUUCAAUGAAAGAAGUGAAGGUGGUUAAAGAAAUCCGAAAAGGAUUUAUUUCCGAAAUUAUAUUGGAAUGUAGAUUAUGUCAAAUUCAACACAAAGUGAAAACAUCCGGGAAUGAUGGAAAUUUGAAUGUGAACGGGGCAAGCGUUCUAGGAACCCUAAGUAUUGGAUGUGGUUACUCCCAGUUAUGUGAAUUCGCGAGUACACUCAACAUACCCACCAUGUCGUAUACUUUAUUUAGGUCUAUCGAAGAUGAUCUAACUGAAGUAAUAAAAGAAAGUUGUUGGGAAAGUAUGCUUAAAGCUGGAAAAAUGGAAGCAAAAUUGACUCGCGAAAGUGGUGAUAUAGAUGAAAAUAAUAUCCCUUUUAUUACCGUUAUUGCCGAUGGAGCUUGGUGCAAACGGUCAUACCGUACUGCGUACAAUGCGCGUUCUGGUGCGGCUUGUAUCGUAGGCCAAAAAACAGGAAAACUUCUGUUUUUAGGCAUUAGAAAUAAAUAUUGUACCAUGUGUAAUUUAGAAAAAGGCGAUCACCUAUGUUUUAAAAACUGGACUGGCUCCUCUACAUCGAUGGAGACAGAUAUUAUCGUUGAAGGGUUUACGCGCAGCAUAGAAAUCCAUGGCAUUAGGUACACUUCGCUUGUUGAAGAUGGAGACAGCAGUGUCACUAAAAAACUGCAAACAGUGAAACCAUAUGGCAAUGUUCCCAUCCAAAAGAUUGAGUGCUCCAAUCACCUUUUGAGGAACUACUCCAAUAACUUAAAACAAUUGCCUUCAAAAAGAUAUAGUUCAAAAGGUCUUGAAGUUCCGAUUUUCCUAAGACAACUUUUGAAGAAUAAUUUGCAAAGACUAAGAGUGGCUGUCGAAUGUGCAGUAAAGCAUAGAAGACAAGAAAAUGUUCCAUUUCAAAACCAGUCUGAAAGCCUCAAAAAAGAUAUUGAAAAUAGCAUUUGUCAUGUUUUUGGAGAGCAUUCGAGAUGCGACACUUACUUUUGCCACGGUACGAAAGACAAUGAAAAAAACUUUAUUCCAGAAAUGAAGACCUGCGGUUUAUAUAAUGAUAUACUGUCUUUUGCCAAUCGAUUAAUAUAUAACAGCAGAAGUUUAUUGAAAAACAUGACAAAUAAUAUGGCAGAAUGCUAUAACAGCGUAGUGGCAAAAUUUAUAGGUGGCAAGAGGGUAGAUUAUUCUAAAAGAGGAAGCUAUUUUACAAGGUGUCAUGCCGCUGGAAUAUCUUUCAAUGAAGGACCGAAAUAUCAUUCUAUUUUACAGAAGGCAAUUACUGGUAAGAGUCCUGGUAAAUAUACAAAAUCAUUUGUCCAAAAAAAAGAAAGAAAGCUCAUCUCAUGCAGAAAAAGGCUCACUUAUUUAAAAAUUAAUCGACGCAAGAAGAAUGCUGAAAAAUCCCAAGAAGCUGACGAGGAUUAUGGAGACGUCCAACCCUUGAUAGACGAGGAGGAAAUAACCAGACGAAAAGCUAUAUUUUUACAUGAUAUAAAAAAGAGUAAAAAAGAUAUAUUAGAAUUGACAGAAAAAACCAAAAAUCAAGCGGAUUCUGCAUUAUGGUUUGAAGAGCGAAAGAAAAGGAUAACUGCUUCAAAUUUUGGAAAAAUAUGCCAUUUAAAAGAAACAACUGAUCGUGUUAAGGUAGUACACCAAAUUUUUCAAACUUUCACUUCAGCAGCCACGAAUUACGGGAUUCAACAUGAACCAAUCGCUCUAAAAGAAUUCAGCGAACAUAUAGGAAAACCCAUUGACGCUUGUGGUUUGUAUGUUGAUGAAGAGGAAUAUUAUUUGGGAGCAUCACCGGAUGGACUCAUAGAUCGAGAUGGGAUUGUGGAAAUCAAAUGUCCUUAUAACAGCAGACAGUUGACGGUAAAUGAAGCAGUAAAGACAGGAAAAAUUAAAUUUCUUGAAUGUAUUUCGGGCGAAUUACAUUAAAAAAAAAAGCCAUAACUGUUAUUUUCAAAUACAAGGACAGCUUCGUAUUACCGGCAAAAUGUAUUGUUAUUUUGUAGUUUGGACGCCGAAAGGAUUCAUAUAUAAUAAAAUUAAACAGGACCAUGAUUUUUUUGAAACACGUAUGAAAGAUAGGCUUAAAACUUUCU